AUGGCUAUAAGAAAUGGUUUUGACAAUGAAUUCAAUACGUGUUACGUGACCUUCCCGAGGAAAUGCUCAACAACUAUCGUCGACUACUUGCGUGCCCUGACCUCUGAUUGUGCCGACCCCAAGAUAACGAUCGCCCUCGAUUUGCUGCAUAUAAGGAAACGGAAUCGUCAGUUCAACCACUCUUUCUUCGACCUUCGUGGCUCUACUCUUGGACUCUUGCUCUCUCGGACAGUCAAUCAACUAUUGGAAGCUCCACCAAUCGGGAUCUCUACCGUGGCUCCACCGAUGAUCUGGCUUACCAAGAAUUCAAGGAAACUAAAGUAUCCUCACGUCCCAUUCACCAUAUUGAAUAAACCUGUCAACCUUUCCUAUCUUGUUAUUCUCGCAUUCUAA